AUGACGCGCACGACCAUGCAGUUCUGCGUCUUCCUCCCGAAAGAGGCAACCGACGCUGCGAAAGUCCCGGCGAUCUAUUACCUGGCGGGCCUCACAUGCAACGAAGAGCUCAUGCAGAUCAAGGGCGGUGCCCAACGCAUGGCCGCGAAGCGUGGCGUUGCGCUUAUUACGCCCGACACGAGUCCUCGUGGCAUCAGCAUUGAAGGCGACAGUGAUAACUGGGACUUUGGCACGGGCGCGGGGUUUUAUGUGGACGCUAAGGAGCCCAAGUGGGCUGAAAACUACAACAUGUAUUCGUACGUGACGAAGGAGUUGCCGGGCUCUCACAAGCAACUGCUGCCGGAAGCCUUCGAGGCGGCAUGCCAGAAGGUCGGUCAGCCGUUGACGUUGCGCAUGCAGGACGGCUAUGACCACGGCUACUACUUCGUUUCGUCGUUCAUGGAAGACCACAUCAACCACCACGCGGACGUGCUCCUCACGACGGUCUAA